CAUUUGUGAAGGAGUGGACUGCCUGGACAUCUGUAUAUCUGAGCUGACCUGGCGGAUUGAGUGAUAGCCAGUGUUGCGAGGAGUGAGACUGCGAAUCCCGUAAGCAAGAUGCAGGUUUCAGGGCGCGCGCUCGCGUCUGGGGGUUGCUCCUGCUCCACCAUCCCGCACCAAUUUGGCAGGCAGGUAUUGGCUUUCCAAACGAAGGCACGGGUCCAAUCCAAGCGGGUGUCUGCUCAGCGCACUGUGGCUGCCAGCACCCCAGUCGCCACCGCCGAGAAAAAGCUGAAGAAGACAGCAUCGAAGGUAGCAGACACGGCCAAGGAUGUGGCGGAUAAGGUCGUAGGAGUCAGCAAGCCAGACCUGAGCAAGGUGGUGCUCCUACAAGCAUUCGGAUGGGACAGCUGCGACAAGGGCGGCUGGUACAAAAUCGUGAAGGAGAAGAUUCCCGACAUCAAGGCAUCUGGAGUGACGCAUGUGUGGCUGCCACCCCCGAGCCAGUCUGUGUCUCGCCAAGGCUACUUGCCUGGGCAGCUGUACAACCUGCAGAGCCUCUAUGGCAGCGAAGAGGAGCUGAAGGAGCUUCUGGCAGCCCUGAAGGAGGCCGGUCUGGUCCCAGUGGCAGACAUUGUCAUCAACCACCGCUGCGCUGAUGCUCAGGACGAGAACGGGGUCUGGAACAACUUCAGGGAUGAUGUCAGCCACUCUGGGGAGAAGAUUGACUGGGGCCAAUGGGCCAUCACAGGCAACGACCCAGAGUUUGGCGGCACUGGCAAUCCCGACACCGGCGAUGACUACGGCCCGGCCCCCGAUCUGGACCACCUGAACGAGGACCUGCGCUCGCACCUGAAGGACUGGCUGAACCACCUGAAGGAGGACAUCGGCUAUGAGGGCUGGCGCUUUGACUUUGUCAAGGGCUAUGGCCCGGAGUUCAUCAAGGAAUACGUCCUGGAGACUGUUGGCGAGGGAACUUUCAAUGUUGGCGAGUACUGGGUCGACCUCAGGUGGAACGGCGCUGAACUGGACUACAACCAGAACGACGCACGGCAGACAAUUGUCAACUGGAUCGACGGUGCCGGCGGCGCGUCGGCCGCCUUUGAUUUCCCGACCAAGGGAAUCCUGCAGGAGGCUGUCAAGAACUGCCAGUACUGGCGCCUGCGCGAUGAGAACAACAAGCCGCCCGGAGUCAUCGGCUACUGGCCUGAGCAGUCCGUGACCUUCAUUGACAACCACGACACCGGCAGCACGCAGCAGCACUGGCCCUUCCCUGACUCGCACGUGGACCUGGGCUAUGCCUACCUGUUCACUCACCCGGGCAACCCCACCAUCUUCUGGGACCACUACUUUGACAACGGCUACAAGGGCGUAAUCGACCAGCUGAUCGAGCUGCGCAAGCGCGCCGGCAUCACGGCAGGCUCCAACAUCGAGAUCCUGGCUGCCGACCAUGACUUCUACGUCGCGCGCAUCAAUGACAAUGUCACCAUCAAGAUGGGCCCCCGCUACGACAUGGGGGACCUGCUGCCCAAGGAGGAGGAUGGCUGGAAGUUUGCUGUCAGCGGGACAGACUUUGGCAUCUGGGAGAAGACCGCCUGAACAGGCGCAGAGUGUGUUUCAGGAGGGGUCAAUCAAGUAGAGGGCGUUCCUGGCCUUGGCUGCUUCUGAAGUCAGUCUGAGGAGCUGCGGUGCAUGUUGGGUAGAGGCUGCUUGGGUCUCCGUUGGAGUGGGAAUAUGUCCACGGAUGUUUUACUGAGAGGCAGAUAUUUGCCAGAAUACAGAUCUGUGGUUCGUCACAGUGGGUUUGGUGUCUCUGCCUGGUAUCUGCUGGGUAGUGAUGCUGCUUGGGUGUCACAAGAGCUGCAAGGCUGAACUUCCCCAGUGAUCUGAGUCAUCGGGUCACCUCUGUUGUUUCUACAGAACUUGUCUUUUUAGCAUUGUAGUUUUGGAAGGUUUCCAACUGCAUCUUGCAAUCAAUUAUAUAGAUGGGAGAUGAAUGGAAUGUUACCCAUUUAGAUAUCCUCAGGUCAAAUUCCCGGGGUGAGGGUACUUGUGCUGUUUGUUUUGAUCUCUUCCAGUGCGGACUUGUGCUUUGUCGGCAUCAAUGUAAAAACUGUCUAGUGAUUCAAA